AUGGCGGUGCUCCUGAAGAGGCUGCUGCAGUCGGUGAGGCCCCCAGCGGCCUUGGGCCGGCCCAUGGGACCGCGCGAGGCCAGCCUGGGCACUGAUCCCGGGGCUGCGGUGCGAGUGCGGUUCGCCCCCAGUCCCACAGGCUUCUUGCACCUGGGCGGCCUCCGCACUGCCUUGUACAACUAUAUCUUUGCCAAGAAGCACCAGGGGAGCUUCAUCCUUAGGCUGGAGGACACAGAUCAGACCCGCCUUGUGCCUGGGGCAGCGGAGAAUAUUGAAGACAUGCUGGAGUGGGCAGGCAUCCCGCCUGACGAGAGCCCCCGCCGGGGAGGUCCUGCCGGGCCCUACCAGCAAUCCCAGCGGCUCGAGCUGUACGCCCAGGCCACGGAAACGCUGCUGGAGUCUGGCGCCGCUUACCCCUGCUUCUGCUCACCGCAGCGGCUGGAGCUCCUGAAGAAGGAGGCCCUGAGGAACCAUCAGACGCCCCGGUAUGACAAUCGGUGCCGGAACCUGAGCCAGGGGCAGGUGGCCCAGAAGCUAGCCCAAGGCCCCAAACCUGCGAUCCGCUUCCGCCUGGAGGGGGAAGCGCCAGCCUUCCAGGACCUGGUGUAUGGCUGGAAUCGGCAUGAGGUGGCGCAUGUGGAGGGGGACCCGGUCAUCCUGAAGAGCGAUGGCUUCCCCACAUACCACCUGGCCUGCGUGGUGGACGACCACCACAUGGGCAUCAGCCACGUGCUGCGUGGCUCCGAGUGGCUGGUCUCCACCUCCAAGCAUCUGCUCCUCUACCAGGCUCUGGGCUGGCAGCCACCUCGCUUUGCCCACCUGCCCCUGCUCCUCAACAGGGAUGGCAGCAAGUUGUCCAAGAGGCAAGGGGACAUUUUCGUGGAGCAUUUUGUGGCUGCUGACUUCCUGCCGGAUGCCUUGCUUGAUAUCAUCACCAACUGUGGCUCAGGGUUUGCAGAGAACCAGAUGGGCAGGACCUUGCCAGAAUUGAUAACACAGUUUGACCUGACCCGGAUCACCUGCCACUCAGCCCUGUUGGACCUGGAGAAGCUCCCAGAAUUCAACAGGCUGCACCUCUGUCGGCUGGUGAGCAACGAGACCCAGAGGUGCCAGCUGGUGGGGAAGCUGCAAGCCCUGGUGGAGGAGACGUUCGGGAGCCAGCUGCAAGACAGGGAGGUCCUGGACCCGGCCUACGUGGAGAGGAUCAUCCUGCUGAGACAGGGUCACAUUUGCCGUCUGCAGGAUCUGGUCUCCCCGGCACACUCCUACCUGUGGACUCGGCCUGCUGUGGGCCUAGUGCAACUGGGCACCAUUUCGGAGAAAGUGGACGUGAUUGCCAAACGCGUGCUGGGGCUUUUGGAAGGACCCGGUACGAGCUUAACUCAGGACAUGCUGAAUAGCGAACUGAGGAAGGUAUCCGAAGGCCUGGAAGGGACCAAACACAGUACUGUGAUGCGGCUCCUCCGAGUGGCCCUCAGCGGACAGCUGCAAGGACCCCCUGUAGCCGAGAUGAUGGUGUCCUUGGGAGCGAAGGAAGUGCGGGAACGAAUACAGAAGGUGCUUUCCAGCUAGAGAGCAGAUGUGCAGGACAGUGGAGGUGGCCCUAGGAACCUGGAUGGGCCUGGAAACCACCUUCAGAGGGAAGCGGAGGGGCCUGGAGCCCAUCAGGAAGCUCGUGGAAGGAACCCCGAGAGGAAACAGUCUGCAGGUGCACA